AGGAUCAAGAUUCUUUAAACACCAUCUCUUCUAAUCUCUCUCUCUCUCUAGCUCCCCUUAUGUGUCAAAUGGGUAACAACUCUCUACUUUUUAAAUGCUGUAUCACCUUAUUCAUCUUCUUCCAUUGUCUCCUGUGUGUAAUCUGCCAGAACUGUACUGGUCCAUCCUGCGGUCGAGGAGCUCCAUCACCAACAUCUCCUCCUGGAGGUAAUUUAACCUUCGAGGACCGAAGAAUCGCCGUGGUCUAUCAGGUCAUCCAAGACUUCAAGAAAAAGAUCACGGAAGAUCCACAGGGAAUCACCAAAACUUGGGUUGGCCCAAACAUUUGCAAGGGCUACACGGGCUUCUACUGUGACAAUCCACCAGACAAUGCCUCGGCCGUUGCCCUUGCUUCGAUCGAUUUCAAUGGCUAUAAUCUUGCUGCCCCUACUCUAGAAGGUUUUAUUGAUAGAUUUCCUGACCUUGCACUCUUCCAUGCCAACUCCAACAAUUUCACCGGCAUCAUUCCUUCGAAUAUCUCCAAACUCCCUUAUUUCUACGAGCUCGAUCUCAGUAACAACGACUUUUCUGGCGAAUUCCCGCAAUCGGUGUUCGGUAUUAAAGACCUAGCAUUCUUGGACAUUCGUUUCAAUGGCUUUAGCGGGACGGUGCCGGCACAGAUUUUCGUGCAGCCCCUAGAGGUGCUCUUCAUUAACAACAACAAAUUCCUCCAAAAACUACCCGAUAACCUCGGCAACACCCCGGUAUUCUAUCUCACAUUUGCCAACAACAGAUUCACCGGUCCAAUCCCCCCAAGCAUCGGAAAUGCUUCGGAGACAUUGAUCGAAGUACUAUUCUUGAACAACAAAUUAUCCGGUUGUCUUCCAUACGAAAUAGGACUCCUAAAAGAAGCAACAGUUUUUGACGCCGGAAACAACUUAUUGACCGGCCCCUUGCCAUUCUCGUUGAGCUGCCUGGAGAAGAUUGAGCAGCUGAACUUCGCCGGAAACCUUCUGUACGGGCAGGUGCCAGAGGUGGUGUGUGAACUCGGGAGUUUGCUGAAUCUUUCCCUGUCCGAUAACUAUUUUAGCAUUAUAGGGCCAACGUGUAAAAAGCUGGUGGACAGUGGAGUUCUCGAUUUGAGGAAGAACUGCAUCCAUGGACUUCCAGAGCAAAGAUCGGCGACGGAAUGCUGGUGGUUCUCAAUGUACCGCAACCACUGGCCGUGCCAGUAUCCCCCGUGGUACACCACUUGCAUUCCUUGUAAGGCUCCUUCACAUCCAGUGCAUGGACAUCAGCAUCCUCGUCCCAAAUUAGGGUCUAAGAGAAAGCUGUUGUCUUAUGCUGCUCUUUCAAGACAUGGACUCUGACGUUCACUAGUACUACUCGAUCGGACUGUCGGAUUGGAUUAAUAGUCUAGUACCUUUUUCUUGGUAUCAAUAAAAUUAUAAUUAUGGGAUAGAAA